GGAGCUUGCAAAAACAAGAUACUUUGUCAAAAGAAAAGGAAAGGAGAAAGAACAGAAAGCUAUCUUUACUAUUUACUGUGGUGUGGUUAACAUUAUCUCAGGAACAAACCCGGUUUUAGGGGGAGGGGAAGAGAGGCCUGACUGAGACCCACAGCAAGACCUUCCCACCUGUGUGAAGGACAGGAGCCAGUGAAGACGCUUGAGUCUGGACAACGCCACUCUCUUGUCUGCUGAAGUCCACUUUAAAUGAGACAAGAACAGACCAUCCUCCUUCAUAAUUCAUUAUUUAUGCACAAGAGCGAUCCAGAGGAUCGUACAAAAUUGGAGCUGGGCUGCGAAUCAAAGCUCUGGCACGACAAACCAUAAGAAAGAGAGGGAUUUUGAAGGAGGGAGGGAAUAUCGACAAGGAGAGUCACAUCGACAGAGGCUGCUGAAAUAUGAAGGCUCUUCCAAAGAACCAGGGACGAACCGAUCAGAUUUUGGGCGCUAUGGCGGAUAUGCUGACAUCUCUGGCGAUACCCAAUCAGAAGUGGAACUCAGAGGGUAUUGAGCACCUGAAUGUGAAACCGGACCAGAAGACGGGACAACAACUCCCUUGGGACACAGAGCAACUGAACUGGGAUGAAAUGUCCCGGGACAGCCUGGAAAGAGUCCGAAGAAGAGACAGAGCAAACUCAUACUCAGCCGCUGGCAGUGAGGGCAGUAUCUCCACCUCGGUGGCCUCUCUGCCGCCCCAGGCUUCGGGUAGUUCGGCCCCAAACUCCCCUGGCUCCCGUCGCUCUGUCAGCACCCUGAAGAAGUGGCUGACCAAUCCGGUGCGUAAGCUGAGCGCCGGGGCGACCGGAACGGCCAAAGGGGAGCGGCAGGUCCGCAAACUGGAGGGCAAACCCCCGCCUCCACCCACCAGGAGCAGCCAAGACCUGGGCACCCCGCAAACAACAGAGGAGCAGUUCACCAUCCUGCCAGUCAUUGACAAAGAGCUGGAGUGGAGAGAUGGCCUGCCCGCUCUCGGCGACUGCGAUCCUGGUAUCCUGCAGUCCUACAGCUUCCAAUCAGACUCUCCACAGGGAUCCACCACACUAGGACAUACACAGAUCACCCCGUGCACCAGCCUACAGGCUGACGACAAUGGCUCUGUGUUGACGGAUGACAACUCCAGCCAAUCAUCAGCCACCAUAGACAGCGAAGAGGAUCGGAAGAGUGCCUUAGAAAAAAGCAUGUAUGUUCUGAAAGAACUGAUAGAGACAGAAAAGCUGUAUGUAGCCGAUCUAGGACUUAUUGUGGAGGGCUACAUGGCCACUAUGAGUACUAAAGGAAUUCCAGAAGACAUGAAGGGAAAAGACAAAAUAGUGUUUGGGAAUAUUCAUCAGAUCUACGACUGGCAUAAAGAUUAUUUCCUGGGUGAGCUGGAGAAAUGUGUGGCCGAGCCUGAACGACUGGCCCAACUUUUUAUCAAACAUGAAAGACGGCUUCACAUGUAUGUGGUAUAUUGCCAGAACAAACCUAAGUCUGAGCACAUCGUGUCAGAAUACAUCGAGACCUACUUUGAGGAACUGAAACAGCAGCUGGGUCACAGGCUGCAGCUGAAUGACCUGCUCAUCAAACCCGUGCAGAGGAUCAUGAAGUACCAGCUGCUACUGAAGGAUUUCCUCAAGUACUACACAAAGGCUGGGAUGGACACUGAAGAGCUGGAGAAAGCAGUGGAGGUGAUGUGUUUUGUUCCGAAGCGCUGCAAUGACAUGAUGAACGUGGGUCGGCUGCAAGGCUUUGAGGGGAAGAUCACGGCACAAGGAAAACUUCUCCAGCAAGACACGUUCACAGUCACAGAACAGGACAGCAGCUUCCUUUCCCGCGCUAAGGAGAGGCGGGUCUUCCUAUUUGAACAGCUUGUUAUCUUCAGUGAGCCAAUAGACAGGAAAAAAGGAUUUUCUCUACCUGGAUAUAUUUUUAAAAACAGUAUUAAGAUAAGUUGUCUGGGCGUGGAGGCGUGUGUAGAUGGUGACCCUAAUCGCUUUGCCCUGACGUCUCGGGGGGCUGAUGGCAGCACGGUGCGAUUUGUCUUGCACUCCCCAUCGCUGGACAUCUGCAAGGCUUGGGUCAGUGAUGUGAGCCAAAUACUGGAGACCCAACGCAAUUUCCUCAAUGCCCUGCAGUCGCCCAUUGAGUACCAGAGAAGGGAGAGCAAGAGCAACAGCUUGGGUCGUAGCAUGAAGCCUCCUCUGUCAGCAGUGGUUGGUCUGAGGCCUCACUCCUCGGCAUCUAUCGACCGACACAAACUGCCCUGCCUGCGCUCCUGUAACACAUCAUUGCCCUCCCUCUACCUGCCCAGCCAGGUCCCCACUGAUGACCACUCACAGUCAGAGUCAACACAAAUCCAGCGCUGUCCGGUGGACUCCAGACUGAAUUCCCAGACGGUGUCUCCAACUCAUGUGCAGCUGGCCCUUCUCUGAAGACCCAUCACUCUCCCAGGCACCUCUAAAUUGCCAAGCGGUCUCCAACGGACUGUGUUCCUCUAGCACGCAAGGCCCACAGAGUUCAGGAGAGGGUGGACGCAGAGUUUCACUGAGAGAGGGACGCAUGGCUGCUCCUAGUCCCUCCUCCACUCUUCAGCGCUCCAGUAAUUUGGCCCAACUUGAUGAGGACGACCUGUGAAUGGAAAUGACCCUGAAUCUGAUGUUUGCACCAGAGCAUGCCACAGUCUGGACUUUAUUCACGUCUGUUAUCUUGUGGUAUUCUUCCUAAACCUGUGACGCGAAUUACCUAGUGACUUUUUAAAUUGUUUUAGAUCAUUUUUUUUUUUUGUCUUUUUACUUUUACUAAGUUGUGUUUUAUUCAAAGGAGAAUCAACCAUUCCUAUAUUGGGAGGUCACUGGAGCAGGAACCAGAGUAAACCUUUAUAUGAGGAUGCGUUUAGGCAAGCGUGUAUGUCUGUAUGUAUGUUUUUGAAUGUGUGUGUUUGUGUGCUAAAUUCUGAUGGCUUCAUCCUCGCAAACAUGCUGAACAUUUUCCAUCAGAUGUGUUUUGCAUAGAAUAUACUGUAUUAUUAUGAACAUAAGAGAGUCCUUAUGGGGCUCACGCUGGAUUUUAAAGGUUUCGCACUAUCGGUGCCUCUUUACAGAAGCCGUCUUUCUAUCUCCCAUCUAUAUUGUGGGCUGCGUAAACUCUUAUGAAGGAGCUAAGGGGAAACAGACUCUAAAUGCAGCUAAUUUGUAUAUACCGUAUGUAGCGGAAUGAUCUGUGCAUGGAGACACGGACGCUUGACUUUCUCUUCGCUGAUUGGGUGUUUGAAUUCUCUAAGAUCAGUCAAGGUGUACAUAAGAAAUCACACACAACGAGCAUCUGCCUUGUUGAACAGGAGGACUCGCUCAAGGGAAGGAUUGAAAAAUGGACAGCAGUCGUCAUGCAAGAAGAAGAUGCCGUAUAAAAGUAGUUUAUUUGUGGUUUAAUAACCCUUUUUAGCUUCUGCCGCCCACUCCUCAUUUGAUGCACACUGCCUGGAUUACUCUGCAGGGCUCUUGAUACAAAAUGAGAUUUGCAAAUGAUAUUAGAUUAUAACAUUUAACAUUAUUAUUGUUAUUAUUAUUAAUAACUUAAUGAAGGCCAAAGGUGAAAUGUUAUUAUAUCAUUAUGUGCCAAAAGCAGGUGCCAGUACCCUUUACAAAAAAUGAAUGAAAUAUCAAGCCUAAAAUGUAAUUCAGUUCAGUUUAUCUAAAACACAUGCUUAUUUUUUUGGGAAAAUGUUCUCUCAUAAAAGCUGAGGAAAAAGCUAAAGAUGUCAUUUUUUUUUUUCUUCCAAAGUUUAAAACAAAUGUAUUGGUUAUUGUGUUUUGUUUUUCUUUUUAAAAAGUAUUUGUUAAUGACAAACCAAAUCAUUAGUUAGAAAGUUGUCUGAAACAUACAGUUUGUCAUAAAAUAAUGCCUCGCCAAAGAAGGGAUGGUAUGUGUUUGGUAUUUGAUGUUGAAGCAUGAUCAAAAAGCACUUUCACUCCGUUUAGCUCAUUGCACAUUCUUUCCAUGAGAGGGUGCCAGAGGACUUUAGCGCUGUAUACACAACCAACCAGUAUUUUUAUUUUUUUUCCACAGAUCAAUUUAAAACUUCAAAUUCAAAACUCUGCACCAAAGCUCAUAUGCUUUACUGUUGGCAUGUUUCAGAUGCAUUCGCUUAAAUAUCCUUAAAAUGAUUGUAACAACCUUCUCUUGCCUUGACGUAAUAUUCAAAUCAGCAGAAAUCAAAUAAUUUGAUAUAGCCCUGUAUAAACUGAAAGCUUUCCUGUACUGCCUUUCCACAAACGUGGGUUUGAAUCUUACAUUGUUGCAUGCUAUUUUGAAGAACACCUCUAAAUGAUGAAGGAAAUGGUGUAGAGAAAGAAUUGGACAUGAUCUAUGUCUAUGUGACAAAAACAUUGUAUUAUAUCAAAUUAAACUGGUUCCUUUUGGAACACAAGGGUGUUUUAGAACACACAA